UACUAUCCGGACCGCUCGUUCAUUUGUAACGGCAGUUCCUGUAUUCUCCCUCCAGUUGUUACCGCAUCUGUACAGACCGCUUUAAAUGUAGGACCAGGACAAGAUGGCGGAUAUAUCUUUACUCCAAGAGGAUUCCCAGGAGGAGUUGGACGGAUUUGGUGUGGAUGACUACAGCUCAGAGUCUGACGUCAUUAUUAUACCUUCAGCCUUGGAUUUUGUAUCGCAAGAUGAGAUGCUGACUCCUCUUGGAAGAUUGGAUAAAUACGUCGCUAGUGAAAAUAUUUUUAACAGACAGAUGGUGGCACGAAGUUUGUUGGACACACUAAAAGCAGUGAGUGAGGAUGAGAGGGACUGUAUCGGCGUCUUGGAGAGAGUGGGUCGACUUGCUGAUGACUCGGAGCCCUCUGUAAGAGCAGAACUAAUGGAGCAAGUUCCUCACAUCGCCAUUUUCUGUCAGGAGAACAGACCUUCCAUUCCGUUUGCCUUCUCUAAGUACUUGCUACCGAUCGUGGUGAGAUACCUGGCUGACCAGAACAACCAGGUCAGGAAGACCAGCCAGGCGGCCCUGCUGGUGUUGCUGGAGCAGGAGCUGAUUGAGAGAGGGGACAUUGAGACCCUGGUGUGCCCCGUUCUGGUGGACCUGACCGCCCCCGACAGCAACGACGACGUCAAGACGGAAGCCAUGGCCAUCAUCUGUAAGAUGGCCCCCAUGGUAGGCAAGGACAUCACCGAGCGCCUCUUCCUGCCCCGCUUCUGUGAGAUGUGCUGCGACUGCAGGAUGUUCCACGUGCGCAAGGUUUGCGCUGCAAACUUUGGCGACAUUUGCAGUGUUGUUGGAGGAGAGGCAACAGAGGAACUCCUGUUGCCCCGCUUUUUCCAGCUCUGCUCGGACAACGUGUGGGGGGUGAGGAAGGCCUGCGCUGAGUGCUUCAUGACUGUUUCCUCGUCCACCUCGCAGGAAGUGCGCAGGACCAAGCUAUCGUCGCUCUUCAUCAGCCUCAUCAGUGACCCCUCCCGAUGGGUGCGUCAGGCUGCCUUCCAGUCGCUUGGCCAGUUCAUCUCCACGUUCGCCAGCCCCAACAGUGUGGGCCAGUACUUCAGAGAGGGGGAGGAGGGCGAGUGCAACUGUGUCCACUCACAGAACAGUAUUGAAGAGAAACCACUGAACCUGGACACUACAGACCCUUCCCUCAGCACUAACACGGAUGACUCUCAGAGGCGGGGGGAUGACUCUCCUGUACGCACAAAUGGCAACCACGUAGAGGGUUGUCUACAACAGGACUGCAUUUCCAACCAUGCCCAGGGGGACCACAGCGAGGGGGAGGAUGGGGGGUUUUGCCGGACAGAGGAGGAGAUGGGUGUAAUGGACGUGGCAGAGCAGGGGGGUGGGGAGCAGACGGCGGAGGCUUUGGCGGAUGCCCUGGACGGUCCCGAGUGCCUCUGUGGGAAGGAGGCUUCCUCGCUCGCCCCCAACUCGGACCCCUCGGAGAAGGAGGGAGACUCUACCAGCACAGCAGGGGCUCAGGAAGAGGAGGAAGCCCCUUCAGUGGCUACUGAGAGCACUAAGAACGAGCCACAGCCACAUGAGAAACGCACAACCUGUAACGAGAAGGACGACUCACCAGCAGACGUAUUGGCUCCCUCAUCCUUCUCCCUCCCUGAACCAGCAGAGGAGGAGUCCCCCUACGUCAGUCCUCAGGACAAUAUCCCCGAGCAGGAGCUCUACAACUCCUUCCACUUCUGGAGGUUGCCCAUCGCUGAGAUGGACCUGGACAUGGAGCUGCUCCAGCAGGGGGAGAGUGUCCCGGAGGAGCCCCCCUGCUACGUCUCCUCCAGUCAGGGCAAGGCUAAAGCCUCGGCCCCAGUCCUGGAUAGGAAACAGCUGGAAGAGCUGAUCGAAAACCUGGAGCCUCAUAUUGAUGACCCCGACGUGAAAGCACAAGUGGAUGUCCUGACAGCUGCUCUGAGAGCCACGACCAUGGACUCUCACCUAGAGGAUGCCUUCCUGGAGCCCCGGGACAGCCAGGGGGGAAACCACUACGACAACCCCUUUGGAGUGCACCAGAUGCCCCUUUUAGGACACCAUUCAGACAUGGAGAGGCGAAACUCCACCCUGCAGAUGCACCAUGGCGAUGACUCUGAGCUGAGCGAUAGCAGCUUCAGUCCAGAGGACGAGAAGAAAUCCAAGCAUCAGGACGUGAUUCCUCAGGCCCUGCUAGACCAGUACCUGUCCAUGACGGACCCUUCCAGAGCUCAAACGGUGGACAUGGAGAUCGCCAAGCACUGUGCCUACAGCCUGCCUGGUGUGGCCAUGACCCUGGGCAGACAGAACUGGCACUGUCUCAGGGACACCUAUGAGACCCUGGCCUCUGACAUGCAGUGGAAGGUGCGUCGGACGUUGGCCUUCUCCAUCCACGAGCUGGCCCUGAUCCUGGGCGACCAGCUGACGGCUGCGGACCUGGUGCCUGUCUUCAAUGGCUUCCUCAAGGACCUGGAUGAGGUGCGGGUAGGGGUCCUCAAACACCUCUACCACUUUCUUAAGCUGCUGCACCAGGACACCCGACGUAAAUACCUGUACCAGCUCCAGGAGUUCCUGGUCACAGACAACAGCCGCAACUGGCGCUUCCGAUCAGAGCUGGCAGAACAGCUGGUGUUGUUACUGGAGCUGUACAGUGGUCAGGAUGUGUAUGACUACCUUCGACCCCUGGCCUUCAGCCUGUGUCUGGACAGAGUGUCUUCUGUACGCUGGACCUCCUACAAACUGGUGAGUGAGAUCAUCAGGAAGGUGGCGUCGUGCCAGGCGCUGCUGGCAGACUUCCUGAGUGAGCUGGUAGAGAAGUUCUGCCACUCCCCCAAGUGGUCGGGACGACAGGCCUUCGCUUUCAUCUGUCAGCUGGCGAUUGAGGAUGACUGUGUGUCGUUGGAGCAGUUCUCGGAGCAUCUGCUGGCCCCUUUGUUACAGCUGGCCUCUGACCCCGUGGCCAACGUCAGGGUGCUGCUGGCCAAGACCAUCCGUCAGAGCCUGCUGGAGAGAGAGUACUUCCUGCAUUCUGCCAACUCCCACCAGGAGGCGCUAGAGCAGACACUGGUGGCCCUGCAGAUGGACCUGGACAAGGACGUCAAAUACUUUGCCAGCGUGCAUCCUGGGAGCACUCGGCUUAGCGAGGACGCCAUGAGCACCACCUCCUCCACCUACUGAGCCCAGAGCACCCCUCGCCCCUCUAAACACACACAGGACUUGAGGAGGAAUCAAUACAACUCCAAUCAACACAACAGAUUAAUUUAGUGCUUUGAUUUGUUUAUAUUUUUUUGCCACAGAAGCCUUAAGUGUCUUCCUUAAACUGGAAAAUACUUGAAUGUCCGGAGUGGAUUCAGUGACUAACAAAACAAAUGGGGGGGGGGGGGGGGGGGGGGUGAUGAGGGGACGCAUGGGGACCGGCGCUAAUAAGGACCAUUCCCCCCCCGUCAGUACCUCCCCUUCCCGCUCUCUUUCUAUCGCUCUCAUCCUCCUGAGACUUAGCGGAAAAGCCAGUAUCUCACAAGCUUUAUCGAACCACACAGCAGGACGACUGUCUCUAACUCAAACCGUUUAAACGGUGUAAUGUUUCUGUGAUUGCUUUUUCUUAUUGAUACUGUAUAAAUGACUCCUAUGCUGCAUAUAUAAAAAAAAACUAAAAAAAAUGUCUGUACCAUCACAGCCUUCUUCUGUGGACGUAGCACGUCUUCUCCUCCUAGGCUCCUGCCUCCAUUGUUUUAACUCUCUAGUGCAGCACAUUGUUGUACCCAUAGACAGAGGGCCUCCCCCUGGCAGGCAGGGGUUCCUGUUUAAUGAGAAAUAAAUGUAUUUUUUAUUAUGGA